AUGUCAUCAUUUAAAUUUAACCCAAAUAUGAAUCUGAACCGAAAAUCCUUUCGACAACGAAAGGUAGACAAUAAGAAGCCUAUGCGUAUAAUGCUUCAACAUGAAAUCAGUGAAGAAGACAUGCUACCUGUCAGUAGAGCAGGGGUCGAUGUGGAAACGGGAGUAGAAAAGGAGGAAGAAGAGGAAAUACAUCUUGUUACUGCAUUAGAAAAACGUCAACAAGGGAUCGAAGAAGGAAAUGGUACAUCAACUGGCGAGGGUGAACCAGCGAUUCCUUGUCCUGAUUCUGAUGCCAAUAAAAGACAUUUAUUUCCACCUACGUGGAAAAUGUCACAUACAUUCCUCAAAUUUUCUACACCAAUAUUGGAAUGUGUCGGUUGUUUAUACAACAUGGAUGAAGAUGAUGAAGAAUGGUUAACUUCAUAUAAUAAAAAUGGUAAUAAUCUAUCAGAAGAAGAUUUUGAAGAGAUAAUGGAAUUUUUUGAAAAUCAAGCAAAAAAUAAACCACAUUUGUUGGUGUAUACACAUUGGAAACUUAAACGACAACAACGAAUGAUACGCUACAAGACGGUAGCUCCAUUAAUGUUUGAACUUAAGACUGCAGAUACAAAAGAUGAGGAAGAUAAUCCAUACGUAUGCUUCCGUCGUCGAGAACUUAAACCAAUGAGGAGGACUCGUCGUACCGAGACACAGUCUUUCGAUAAAUUAAGAAGGAUAAGGCGCGAUGUACAUAAUGGUCGAGAAAUAAUAGUUAAAGUAAAAUCUCGUGAAAGGUUCAAGAAGCAGAGGAUUGAAUUAAAUCGAAAAAUAUUUAUAAAAGAAUGUGAUAUAAAAGAGAUGCGGAAAGAACUGGGAAUCCAAAACAAUGUCAUUUCGGAUUCACAGCAAAGGAACAAGAACAGAAAAAUAUCAGUCUCACAUAUGGAUGCUAUUGGGAAAUUCGAUGCUGAUAAACUAUCAGUGUUACCUCCUGCAUUUAGAAGUCGUUAUGGGCGUGGAGGUCGUAAGCGUCGUACUAUUGACCGUCUUGAUGUGUUUACAAUUUACCGUAUGAAAAGGCCAAAGAAUAAUAAAUUUAAAUACGAUUCGGACGAGAUGGAAGAUGUUUAUAGUGAUGAUGAUAUGGAUUCUGACGAAAUCGAUGAUAGUCCAAACAUGACUGAAUGGUCAAUUAAAUUUCAUUUUUUAAAAGACGAAGAUUUCCAAAGUCUCGGUGCGUUCCGUAAUAAUAAGGUUCAGAAAGAUAAACAGAAUUCUCCGAGGCAAUGCUCACGUGAUGAUGGUCAAGUCAGUAUUAAUAAUCUAUCAACUCAGAAUCAUUCACAGAAUAGCGCUCAGGCGAACGUAGAUCCUCGAGUAUCCAUUUCAGCUUCACACUCCAGGUCGAAUUCGGAAGUUCGAUCAAACUCUGAACCACGAGCUGAAGGCUCGUCUUCAAGAGGGAACCCUGAUACACGAAUUACAAUUGAUAUGGAUUCAUCACGUCCGAAUAUAUUACCAAGGACUGUCGUAGAUCAGCGAUCAGUCCGAUCUAAUUAUGAUUCUAAUAUCGCUUCAAGAACAGACCCACGUUUCUCCGACCUUAAUUUUUCCAGGGAUGCAAAUCAAAGUUCAGCACAAAUUUCGCAACGUGCAAACCCAGCUAUUUCCGUUUCAAUCACAAAUCGUGAUCAACAUCUUUCUCCGGAUGUUAAUGUAAGCCGGGAUCAAAUUUUAAAUACUGUUCCACUUACCGGACGAGACCAACGUUUACCUGUCGAACAGAAUCAAUCUAGUGACCAACGAUUACUUACCGAAUCACGUCCUAAUCUCGACCCUCGUGCCAAUCUAUCUCAUAACGGUCAUGCAGUAAGGACAUCGAUAUCACUGAACCAUCGAGAUGCAACGCCUUAUCGACGUCCAAUUCAACGCAAUGUUCGUAUAUCGGAGGAUUCCACAAACACCAAUGGCAUAGCAGGCAUCAGCCUUGUUCAAACCCCAAGAAUGACAUCACCUUUACAAGGAAGUGCGACUGGAAUUGCCCCCACCAAUGUUCAUAUUAACGGUCACAGUUCUGUAAUACCACUUUCUCAGAUAACACCACAAAUUACCACAAGACAAUUAUCAGGAAACUCGCAAGCUAAUGCUACAUCAGCAAUAAACGGUGUUGAACUUACCCGAACUUCUUCAAACCCCGGAAUAAUCAUGAACAAUACGACGCCGGUGCUUACUCGGACGCCAUCAAACCCCGGAAUGAUGGUGAACAGUGUAACACCUGGACUUUCUAGAACACCUUCAAACCCGGGAAUCAUAAUGAACG